CCCUUAUCGUUUGUGUUUCUAAGGUACCAUCAAAAUAUUUAAUACCAAAGAUGUCAACUCUAGUUCAGCAAGCAGCUGAAAUUCACAAUAAUGGGAGUGACACGGGAGGCCAGCCACAGAUCCCUGAAAAUGUAGAGCUGUAUCAGCCAUAUGAAGGCAACCAAAUCACUCUUCCAGAGAAGGCCCAAUGCCUUGCAGUGAAAGCUUUUCUGAAGAUGUGUGACAUCCCGUUCCACAUCAUGCUACGCAGCAAUGCAGAGCAAAUGUCUCCUUCAGGUGCUGUACCUUUCAUCAAGGCUGGGGCUGACAUUGUAUCAGAGUUUGACCCCAUUGUAGAAUAUGUUUCAAAGAAGGGACUGUCUCUAUCAGAGGAGCUGAGUGGAGGUCAAAAGUCAGAGAUGAAGGCAUACAUGGCUCUUUCUAUCAACAGGCUCUAUCUAGCAGAGAUGUACUUAUCAUGGAAUGUGAAAGAGACUGCCGAUCAGAAAACUAAACAGAGGUAUGGGUCCCCCUACCCUUGGCCUCUGUCACUCAUCCUACCCUACCUGAAGCAGAGAGAAGCCAUCUCAUAUCUCAAGGCUCAUAACAGCUGGCAAGACUUCUUACCAGAUCAGGUUUAUGAUGAAGUGAACCUCUGUUGCAAAGCUCUUUCAGACAAACUUGGUGGAGAGCAAUACUUUUUCUUAGACAGACCCACCGAGUUGGAUGCAUUGGUGUAUGGACAUCUUAAGACUCUUCAGAUGAUGGAGGCAGAAGACAAACGUCUUGCAGACAUGGUCAACAAGUACCCCACCCUGGUCCAUUUCUGUGACCGUAUCCGAGACAGGUACUUCAUUGAGAGGGAGAGAAGCAGGUGAUGCAAGCAAUGACCUUUGACCCCAGAGAGUCUGUCAUGAGCGGUGAUGAUUUGCUUCUAGAUGCUAUCAUAAGAACAUUUUUAUCAACCAGAGUCUAUUGCAUGUUCGCCCAUUAUGUAUUGUGCAGGAGAUGUUUCAGGGCUGAGACUCUUUAUUUGUACAUGAGAGCAUGUGGUUGACAUCUCAUGAUCUCCAAUUGUGGACACUUGCUUGCCGUGUUUCUUAAUAAAAUGGAUUCAUGUAUAGUUAUAUUGAAAAGCUAAGCAAAAUUUAAAAGCGUUUGUUUGAGAUCAAAUAAUCAAAAUGAUCAAACGUGUCAACUUCUGUAUAUAGUAUGGCAUGUCUAUUUAAUUGUCUUCACACAAUAAUAAAGUUAUAAUAAAAAGAAGUAGAAAAUUGCUUUUGUGAGUGCUAGAUAUAUUAUUGGUGAUUAUCAUGCAGCAAUAUUCUUAGCCAGGAUUAUCUCCAAGACUGAAAUUUAUUUCAGUCUCAAAGCAGCUCAUUACAAAAUUAUGUGAGAGGUAGGCUUUGUGAUCAGAACCCUUGAAAAAUAGAAUACCUUUAUACAUAUAAUUCAAAAAAAUAUACAAAUAUCGUAGUGAGAAUGUUUUCCCUUUGAAUUCUAAGAAUGCAAUAUAACAUGUAUAUAUAAUGGUGCAUAUUUAGAUUUACAUGUGUAAGAUUUUCUUCUUACCAGAAGAUUUUAUGAUGUAAAUGUAAAUUAUUUUCUAAUUCUUUGAUCUAUGGUUGGUCUAUGGAUUUCAGCUAAAAGAUUCAGAAUAGUAUGAAAAACAAUUUAUCAUCAUUAAAGAUGAAACAAACCUGAAUUUGAGACAUAUUUCAGUUGAUAUUUUCUUUGGCGUAUCUGCACUGGCAUUCUUCAAGAGUUGCUUUCAUGAUGCAGAGAUACAUGUACAUGUACUUGUAUGUACAUGCAACUUACUUUAAAUACAUUAAAGGUAUGUACAUGUAAAUUA